GGAAGGAGGGGAAGGCUGCCCCGGAAGCGGAAGCUGCGCGUGCGGGCGGCAUGGGCUCGGAGCCGGAGCCGGGCUGCGCCCUGCGGCCCUUUGCCGUGGAGCAGGGGCUACUGUCGCGGCCCGACGGCUCCGCCGCCUUCGUGCAGGGCGACACGUCGGUGCUGGCGGGCGUCUACGGCCCGGCCGAGGUGCGGAGCAGCCGCGAGAGCCCCGAGCGCGCCGCGCUGGACGUGCUGCUGCGGCCCAAAGUGGGGCUCCCCGGCGUGUUGGAGCGGAGCCGGGAGCAGAUGGUGCGGCGCGCGUGCGAGGCGGCGCUGCUGGGCGAGCUGCACCCCCGCUCCUCCGUCACCCUCGUGCUGCAGGUCGUCAGCGACGCCGGCUCCCUGCUGUCGUGCUGCCUGAACGCCGCCUGCCUGGCGCUGCUGGACGCGGGGCUGCCCCUGCGCUCGCUCUUCUGCGGGGUCACCUGCGCCCUCGCGCCCGACGGCGCCGUCGCUCUGGACCCCAGCGCCCGCCAGGAGAAGGAGGCCCGGGCGGUGCUGACCUUCGCCUUCGAGAGCACGGAGAAGAGGUUGCUGCUCUCCACCACGCGCGGGGCCUGCUCUGCCAAGGAGUUACACCAGUGCCUGGCUCUGGCUCAGCGCGCCACCGACACCAUCUUCCAGUUCUACCGUGACUCGGCCAGAAGGAAGUUCUCCAAGAGCUGAGGCCCCUGCGGGGAGCCGGACCCCCGCAGACCCGGGGGGGGGGGG